UGCAGUCUUCUCGCCUUGCCAGUUGUGCUCGUCGAACCAUCCUCGCCUCGCCUACUCGCUUCUCAAAGCAGGCCGCCUACCAACACAGACUCAACAACUUUCUACGUUCGUACCAUGUCGAUUUCACUCCACCACCCUCUCUGUCGCUCCCUCGCGGACACCACAGCCUCCUGCCCCUCGUCUACUCAUGCAAUAACCUCAUACUCCCCAAAGACACCAAAGGACCGAGCACAAUAGGCACUCGGACCGCAGAAGGCGACGUCGUGAAUGAGGAACACGUCAUACCCUUCCUAUUAUCCCAAGACCAGAAGGACGGCCCCGUUGGGUACCUACGUGCCCAAGUCGCGUCUGCGUUGGAGGAGGACCACCAAAAGCAUCUGGUCUCGGGUGCCGCAUCGCCUUGGGACCUGCGGUACUCGAAGGAACAAGCACGGGAUCUUGUAUCGGUCGCGUUCGCGCCUUGGGUGAAUGAGGGAGGGAAGUAUACCCGGACUAUGCACAUGGAGAGGAUCGUAUAUGAGUGGAAGAAGCAUGGCCUGUUCAAGGAGAUCCUGAGAGGCUGGAGCGACGAGGCAUACCCAGUAUACUCGCAUGCACCGAAACAGCUCACGUCCAGUCAUGACCCUGUGGCCUUUGCUAUCGAGCGGGCAGCUCUCCCACUAUUCGGUCUUGUCAACUUUGGGGCGUUAUUGACAGGUUACACUCGUGAUCCUGUAUCUGGACGCAUGAUGAUAUGGAUACCUCGUAGGUCGCCUAUGAAGCGAACGUGGCCAGGCAAACUCGACGUAACAGUUGGCGGCGGCAUGGGCCUCGGCGACAGCGCCCUCGAGACCAUAGUGCGCGAGUCCGCCGAAGAAGCCCUCCUCGACCAAGACUACGUCGCCCAAUACAUCCGCUCCGUCGGCGUCCUCCCCUUCCCCAACCGCUCCCCCGGCGGUUGGAUCCUCCCCGGGAUGUACUACCUCUUCGACCUUUCCUUACCCAUCGACGGCUCCAUCAUACCCAAGACCAACGCGCUCGACGGCGAGGUCGAGACGUUCGAGUUGCAGGACGUAGAUCAGGUCCUGAAGAAUUUGUUGGAGGGCCAGUUCAAGUCGAGCUCAGCGCUCGCGAUUGUGGAUUUUCUCAUUAGGCAUGGGUAUGUUACGGAGGAUACGGACCCGAGGUUUAUGGAGGUGUGUCGUCUGCUGAAGCCUGAGAUUAGGCUGCCUGGAGUUUGGAAACCGUAUCCCUAGA